GAAAGUAGUUCCGGGUUGUUGGGAGGUCGUGUUUCUCGUGCUGUUGACGUCCUUGAUUGAUUUGGUUGAAAUGCGAUCAAUACUUUGAAAGUGGUCGGUGAGAAGCCCCGUUUCCUUCCGCCGCUGUUUGUCCGGAACUGAGCAGGAAUGGCGUAUUUGUGGAGUCUGAGGCCGGUGCUGACGUCACUGAUUCGAGCAUCCCAGCAGGCCUCUGUAUGGACGUCCCCCCUCCUCUCCAGGACCAUGGCCACCCUCAACCAGAUGCACCGCCAGGGGAAACCCAAAGUGCCUCCUAAAGCUGUCGGCGCCACGUUUGGCCGCCCCCAGCUUAAGGCAGUGAUCCUGAAGACCAUGAUCCGAAAGCCCAAGAAGCCCAACUCUGCCAACAGGAAGUGCGCUCGCGUGCGGCUAUCCAAUGGGAAGGAGGCAGUGGUGUUCAUCCCCGGGGAGGGGCACAACCUCCAGGAGCACAACGUGGUGCUGGUGCAGGGUGGCAGGACGCAGGACCUGCCCGGGGUCAAACUCACCGUGGUCAGGGGCAAAUACGACUGUGCUCACGUGGUGAAGAAGAAGCAGUAGACUGACUGUGGGGGGGCUGCUGUGUGUGUGUGUGUGUGUGUAAGAAUAAAUGUGCCCACUCUGAUUUGUCUGACAUAUUUGUGACCCUUCUGCCAGCAGAGGUGAAGCUGCUGCAGAGGAGUUCCUGAGAUGUUUCUGAUGUCAGUGUCCAGAAUUAAACUCACUUCCUGCUCGUCCUGAAA